AUGAAGUUCCUCGCCAUCGCCGCCACUCUCUUCACCACCCUCGCCGUGGCUCAGAACCUCGAAGGGCAGCCCGCCUGCGCUACAUCAUGCCUCAUCAGCGCUAUUAGCGCUGCAGGCUGCGCCGCAUCGGACGUCGCCUGCCAGUGCGGGCCUACUCAGGUUUCCAUCGCCGCCUCGGCCGGUCCUUGCCUUCUCGACGCCUGCCCAAUGUCGGACUUGAUCUCGGCCGAGAGCGCGGGCCUAGCCAAGUGCAAGAGCUUCUCUGCCACUGCCGGAGCUGCUCCGACCCGUCAGGACAACGCCGGUCCUGUCACUGGAACUGGGACGGCGACUUCCACCGGGACGUCGACUUCUUCUGCUGGUGCGGCGGCUGUUAUGACUGCUGCUCCGGUGCUGGUUGGUGCGGCCUGUGUGGGCGUUAUGGGCGUGCUUGGGGCUAUGUAA